UUGGCUAACCGGGUCUUGGUAUCAAGGCAAUGUACGUAGAACUGGGCUGUUGGGUAAUUGGACUUCAGCAUUUCCUUCCUCGCAUUAUACAUAAGACUGCGUCAGUUCCAACCAGAUCUUGAGCUGCUGUUGGAAUUAAGGUUGGAUUUGUGUUGCUAAAAAGGAUGUCUUUACCCCAUUUAGCAGAACCCCAACUUUUUGGAACUACCUUUGUCCUGCAGAUCGCCUUCGUUGUAUCUUGGCCUCAUGUCCCUUCUGCCUCAACUCCUGGAUGCUGGCAUAUAAAUACAAUCAUUGACCACCAGCAGGUGCAGUGCGCAUGCUGGACCACUUCUGAGGCACCAUGCUCACGUCUCGCGGCUAGUGGACCUCGACCACUCCAGAAUCCCAGCGUCUGGGUCAAACUACUCGCCGCAGCAGACGCCAUAGACCGGUUGAAAAGUGAUAGAACGAUGCUGGGGCGCCAUGAGUCCUCUGAAAACAAGCAACCAGUAAACGCCGAGUUCUCACCUCCAAGCCAAUCCUCUAUUCGUGUCUAUACACAGGCUCUACCAAUAUCCCAGAGCCCGACUCUGAAGACUUCUGCUUCAGCUUCCUACUCCAGCCGAAGCUGUGUGCGGCGCCAUGUCAUGCCCGAAUGCUCAAGACCCCGGACGUCGGCAUCUGAUACGUGCAUCUUGGCCGAUCAAUCCGGCCAUUGUUGGCGCGUAACCGCCUACUUCUUGUCCGCAAAUCUCUGGUGAAUAGCGCGGAUCUGCUCCUCGACGUUCAGGUUAUGUAGGUGGUUAAUGUGAGCCUGACUCUUGCCCUCGGGGUUACCAUCGAAGCUGUGAAUCGUAGCCUUCUUGCGCCGGGCAGCCUCUUCUUCUGACAGGGGUUGACCGGUGACGCCGUCGAAG